AUGGGCUGCACAAAUCAGAAGCUGCAUAUGCAGCAAAUCGCCUACCAGCGCGACUUCCUCGGUGCGUGUUGGAACAGCUCUCUUGGCGAAGAGGAGGCGGAGGAAUACUUGGCCAGUCGAUGGAUGGGUGUGUCCAAGAACGUGAUGGCCCUCUACACCAACAAUCACUGCUUCACGGUGCGCACGCUGAACAAGGAUGAAAAGGCCCGCGCCGAUGCAGCGGCCGCCGGAAAUCCACAAAUGAAGGCGGCAGACGCCCCGGCCGGGGGGCUCGCACCAGGCUUCGGGGGCGACGCGGGUGGCGGUGGCGGGAAGACCUCUAUCCCUUUGUCCGUCCUCACCGACUCCCCUUCUACCUCUACGGUUGGCAAGCCCUCUACGCUCUCCACCAACACGAUCUCCGUGUUCUCACCCUCUCCGGAAAGCAAACAAAGCAGAGAGAUGCUCGCCUCUCCUGAAGGUCGCGUGGCAUCACCGACACUUCCAGGGCAGCUCGCAGCGGCGAGUAAUCCGGCGAUGGCGCCUCCCACCACGACGACCACCGCCGUCCGGCAAAGCGCUGGUCAUGCGCAUGGGGUGAGCAACAACAGCGUCGCUAGUGUCAAGGACGAUCACGGGGCGGCAAACGCUGCGGCCGCCCACGCUGCGGCCGGGCGAGCGACCACGACAGAAAAGGUGAAGAAGAGCGCAGACCCGGCGGCGCUGCGCAACGUGGUGAAGGACAGCAUGGAGUCGGAGCGCGUCGUGCACGCCGAUCACCCGUAUCUGCAGCGGCAUGGCUUGUCGGUGUACGGCGGCGUGGUCUUCCGCUGCGCCCCUGCGCACCGCCUCUAUCAUCGCAUUUCCCUUGUACCGGAGGCCAACAUGAAGCGGCUAUACGAUAUGCAGGUCACCGCUAUGUCACGCAGUGCGGUGUUCGACGCCGCGUCGUCGAUGAUCGGACGGCCGGGUGGGGGACCAAGCGAGCCGCCUCACCACUUCCAGCCAAGCGGCAGCAGCAGCGACUACUCACGGAUCAUGCGAGCUGGCGAGGCGGAGGAGCGCAGGGUGCCGCCUUUGACGCCGCAGGUGUCUCCAAGCUUCGUCCCGAACAUGGUGCCCUCCCCCAUGGUGCAUCCUCUCCACCGGCCUCCCGCAACAGCAGUGGGCAGCAGCGUCCCUAACACAAACCUCCCACUGCCCGGUUCGAGCCUCGAUAAAUCGCUGCCGCUGCCCUCGCUGCCUCUCGGUGCGGUUCCGGCGCGGCACCUGCGCUUCACCUCCGGUCCGGAGAUGCAACAGAGCGCAGUGAUCGAUGCCUGGGCCACGGAGAGCCCCCUAAGCUCCUUCAACAACUACCCCGCUGAGGACCGGGACGUCGCCGGCGUGACGGCUAUCCGCCCCCCCGUCAUUAUCGGCAGUGUCACCGCGAUGGAGCUGCAGGCCCUGCCGCCCAACGCCGAAAUAUGCUUUGGCGGGUGGCUCUAUGUUAGUCUGCAAGACGAGCAGGAGCGACUGCGCAAGUCACUGCGGCGCUACGCCGCACAGCAGCGCCGGCGGGCCGCCAAGGCAGCCUCCACGGACGCCAUGCGCUUCUCUACUCGAUCGUCGUCAGCUCCACGCAGCGGCAGCAGGCAGUCGAGGCAGCGGCGAUGUGGUGACCACACGAGCGCGUCUGGGGUCGAUGAGACGGACAGGGAGGGAGGGAGUAGCGGCGUCAACGCGAACGACACCACAAAUCGGGUCAGCGGUGCCACGGCCUCCCCAACUCAAGACGAGGCGUCGCCGAAUUCGGCAUCGGUGGAGAUGAAGGCGGCGGACGGCGGCGAGGAACGCGUGCCGCCCACGGAUAAGUUCUCGUUUAGGCCCUCGGAGACGGCUGUGUACCACGACCCCCUGAGCUCGCCGUUGCCACAGGCGGCAGACAGCGAGGGCGACGGCGGGGAGGCGGUUCACGAGGCUCGCUCCGACGGACCCGAUGCCGUGCUAGACCGCCCCACCGUGCCUACGAAAUCGUCGUCGUCCGCAAAUAUCGGCCCGGCGGCGGCUUCUUUAGAAAAAAACUGGAACGGGACGGCAAAUGCAAGCCUGUCCGACACGCCAACACCUUCAAGAGAGCCAAUGAGAACAGACCAUGAGAACGAAGCGGUGGAGAAGCCGCAUGAGGAGGACGCGAUGAACAGCACUAUCGCCGGAGCCGGUGCCAAGCAGCGACCGACGCCGACGCCGACGCCGCUGGGCGACGGGAUGCUAAGGGAGCCCCUCGACACGACGCCCGUUCGCCUGCAGGCGAGCCGAAGUGUCACCGUCUCCCCCCAGCGCACGCCCUCGCGGAUGCGUCCCCGCUCCUCCAGCGUGCCGCCAUCGCCGAUGUUGGGGUCGUCGAACAACGGCCCGGCGAUGCCGCCCCCGCUGCGCCACGCCGGCCGCUACGCACGAGAGGCGAUGGAGGCGGACACGCUGAAUUCGACAUGGCUGCCGUACGCGUACGUCAUCGUCGCCGUGCCCAUGUACGAGUGCUCCCUCGUCUCCACCACCUUCCACACCGCCCUCACACGGCACAAGGCGGUCUCGCUGAACCUGGGCAGCGCGCAGUCGCGACAGGCCUACGGCGUCGGCUGCAUCACCGGCGUCCGCUACGGCGGUGUGAUGGUCAUCGAGUACCGCGAUAAGAUCGACGACGAAGAGGACGCAGCGUGGAUUGGGGAGCUGAUGCGCGUCGGCAGGGCGGCGCAGCAGGGCGAAAACGGCGACGGCGCGGAGAACAACGACGGGGACGGCGGCGGCAGCGGCAACGUAGAUCUCUCCGUCUCGGCCGUCUUCCGGCACAUACACCACUCCGCCGCCCACCGCGCCCGUGCAGAGAAGCUGCGCAGGGUAAAGAGCCGCAUUUGGCACAAGCUGCGCCGACAGGGUCUGCACGUCGUGCUCGCCGCCACACGCAUGGCGGACCGCCGUCACCGCCAGCACCGCGCCUCCGUCGCAAGUGAGGUCGGCUAUCUCUUCAGCACCACCCACACGGAUGCCGCCGCAGCGGCGGCCGGCUCCGCCACGAUGGCGGGGUCGAGCCACACCCCGCAGCACCUCAGCGCGACGGUGCGACGCACGCCACCGACACUGCCGUACCUGCCCUCGUCGACCGCCAACGCGCGGCAGACCCGUCUCCGCGCCACGCGCAGCAGUGUGACGGAGCCGGUUCGGGCGGAGAACGCCGGAGUCGAAGAAGGCGGCCUCGGCGCGGACUACGGUGGGGGCGGGGCGGAGGAGUUAAAUGAGGCGAUGGAGGACGCGGCCGCCAACGACUUCGACAGCACCGACAGCAACCUCAGCACGAACAGCGACAGCGACAACGACAGAAAUGCCGGCAACCGGCACUCCCGCUUCAGCUCCGAGAGGCGCCACAGCACGGCGACGGAGGGGAGGGGCAGCAGCGCCGGUGGGGGCGAGUACGGCGGCGGCUCCGCGCACGGCAGAAUCCGCUCGAGUCACACAAACAAAAUCGGUCAGUGGUGGCGCUCCUCGUGGGGCCGCCGUCGUCACCGUCGACGCCGCGCGAGCGGCGGCAGUGAAAGCGAGCUGGCGACAGGCAACAGCGGACACGACGGCAGAGGCCACCACCACCACCAGCACCAGCACCAAAACCACCACGGCGUCACCACGCGCGAGGACCGCUUGCGCUGGGCCGAUCCGCAGAUGGCGGAUGACUUCUACCUCCGCGGCACCUUCCGGCAAAUCGGUGGCAUUAAGUACCUGGGUGUGGUCUCUCUCAUGGACGGCUGCCCCGUGUCGGAGCUCGUGCAGGGCAUCAAGCGGUGGGUGCUGAACCUCUUCGCCAUGCCCAUAAAGGCGCGCCCCAUCUGCCUCUACUUGCAGCGCUACGAGGGCAUUGCGGCGUCGCUGCGGGUGAUGCAGACGCCGCUGGCGGCGACGGCGCUCGCCCUCAACGUCGCCUCGGGCAAGCAGCUCGCCCAGGGCAACUUCAGCUUCCACAUCCCGUCCGCUGGGGUGCCGGAAGGGGAGGGCACCGCGAUGAACAUGGACGACGUCGCCGCCUCCUUUGCCUCACAGCUCCCCGGCGACCCCUUCUUGGACCCAGUGGCGACCUCCUCUGCGCUCGUCAACGUCUCCUUUUCUGCCCUGCAGGCACCGCUGCCUCAGCCAACCCGUGCCCUGGGCUACCAAUCGUACUACUGCGGGCCACUAGAGCCAGAGGUGCGCGCGGUGCUGUCGCCGGAGAUUGAAGCAAUGAUUGCGUCCUGCCAGACACGGCAGCUGCCCGACGUGCUCAAGUCACCCACGUCGGAGGGCGUCGCAGCCGAGGACCACGGCAGCGCCAUCACGGAUGACCCUCUGUCGCCGCAUCCGCGGAAGUUGGCGUCUGGAAAGCAUUCCACCAUUACGGCCAACUCUCACAACACCCACCCGGCCACCGCUCAAGGCGGCACGGCCAAGGUAGCGGCAACGCCAACGGCGCCCUCCUCCGCUUUUACUCCUGCAGUAGACACAGCGGGGUCCAAUCACUCCGCCGCGUCUCUCUCCCCGAAGCUGAUCCCCGCACAGCCGCCCUUUGACAUGCCGUACUGUGUCGACGUAAGCACGCAACUCGCGCAGCAACGGCAGCAAAAAAAGCCGCAGAAUCCUGCCAGCUCGUCGCCGAAGAACUUCUCCCUGCACCCCUCCGUCGCGCUCACGGAGAGCGCUACUGCCCUCACGCACCCGCAGCUCAAGGCGGCGUCGCCAGCUGGCAGCUUUGGCGCACCCAGCGCAGACGCCAAGACCACCGGCACGAUGGAGACGGACACCACCGCCAGUCACGCGCGGCCCCCGGCGAACACGGUGCCCACCACCAUCACCGAGUUUUUGCUCUACGACGAUCCAACGAAUCGAGACGGCGGCACCGGCAGCAGCUUCACCGCCGCGAACAGCCAGGCCUUAGCAGCGGCGGCGGCGGCACUGAUGUUGAGAGAGAACGUGAAGGGACCUGCGGCGGUGAGCAACGCCAGUUUGGCGGCGCCGUCCGUCAACACGGGAAGCUUCCCGGCCAUACACGCACCGGGCGAUGAUCCGCUGCUGGAGGCGGCGCACGGUGUGAACGGCGGCAGCUUCGAUCACGUGAAGAUCCUGCGCGAAACGGCCACUGCCGCGAUGCACCACAACAACAACAGCGACAACAGCUUCCUCAGUGUGAGCGACAGCACAGCGCGCGUCGACACGACGGCGGUGGUGGCGUCACCGACAAGGAGCGCGUCGAAGGUGAAGGAGCCGCAAGAGAAGGGGCAGCCAGAGCCGGGACAUCCAGGAAAAUCGCCGCAGAGUCCGACACAGGAGGAGAAAGGCAGUGGCACGUCCACCCACACCUACAGCAAGCGUGAAGGUGCUCCUGGUUCACCGGCGAUUUCCUCGCAACUGCUGCCGGCGGCACGCGCCUGCAACCGCAGCGAGCCGGGAAGCAGCGAUGAGGAGGACGGCAGCCACAGCAAGAGCGACGGCGAGGAUGCCACUCGCGACAACGAGGCUGAUGAGCGAGAGUUGGAGUGGCAGUUGGCAGACCGCGAGCUGCGUGCGCUCAAAUCUGAGCUGGACGAGAUGUCACACCUCGCCUCCGUUGCCCGCAGUGAAUUGCUGGAGCGGUUGGAAGAGUUUAUUCAACUCGGCGCCGUCUUCCUGCCACACACCCGCCCCGAUCAGGUCGGACUGUGUCUCAUCACCAUGAAGAUGCUGCGCCAGUACCCGGAGGAGGUGCCGGUGAAGGAGAUCCACACGGACUGGGUGCCGCUGCUCAUGUCACUGCUAACGAGCUCGCGAGAAAGCCUGUUCUGCUCCUCGGGCUACGACGGCGGAGACCUUGGGCGGAUGGUCUGCGGCCCUCCCGGCUUCCUGACUACCUACAACAACAUGGUGGACGCGGCAGACAUGUGUGACGCGAACAAGCGCCGCGAGGUCUGUGGGAUGCGGACGACGAAGUACACGAUUGACCCGCUGCCCCCGUUGCCGGCCCCGCACCGCCUCCACGACAUCGUCAUCGCGCCGCAGCCCGUGCGCUUUACAAAAGCGAUGCUGCACGACAUGAAGCGUGUCGGCAUGGAAUGCGAGGGGCUUUCCUUUUCCUUCUCGGGCGGUUCGCUAGGCGUGUUGGCGGGCGUGCUUUACUAUUACAGUGACUUCCUGCGCGCCAAGUACCGCAGUGAGGUGGUCGCGGCGGGCGGCCGGCCGAGGGACGCAGGGGCGACGGUGCUCGAUGUGCUGAGCCGUGGCGGCUACAACGUGCUGCUGCGCCGCAUCUGGAUCUGGGGCGUGACGCCGGAAUCGAAGAAGUCGAAGCGGCAAUCUGCCGUGGCGGCCACGAAGAAGCUGCUCAAAAGAAAACUGGACAUUGGCGACGACGGGAGCGGCGGCGACUCAACGCCCCCCACCCCGCUGCACGCGAACGAGCACGAGCACGUGGCCACCAAUACCACCGGUGUGGGCGGCGACUCGGUGCGCUUCGUCGGCCGCCCGUUCCGCGGCACGGAGGCGUACGCCCUGUACGACGCCAUUGCCCACUACCUGCGCACCAUCGAGGAGCUCUGCACCGAGCACCGCGGCAACAGCUCCAUGGCUCCCCACGCGCCAGUGAAGCGGCGAUCGGUUCUCAUGGCGUGGCGUCGCAGUAGGGACAGCGAGCCGGCGAAUGCAAAUGGCGGGGCUGGGACGACGGCCGCCAACCGCAGGUCCACCACAGGAGACACACAAAUCAACGGUCUGGAUAGCCUCCUCGAGGACGCCUCCGGUGCGCUCGAUCUCGUCCCCACCUUUGAGGUGUGUGUUGCCACGAAUUACUACUACAAGCGCGUGAUGGACGAGGCACACCGGUCGGCGCGGAGCCAUACGCCUAGCGGUGGUGGUAAUGGCGGCAGCAACGGUCACGACGAGAGCUCCGUAAUGGAGAAGCCGUACUGUGGUGGGGAGGAGGCAAUCAAGAAGGACGCGCUGCAGCGCAACACGACCAAGAAGUUUUUUGGGUUCUUGUCCGAUCACCUCGAGCAGUGGCUUGCGCGGUACAGCGAGGACAAGACGACGAACGCGUACGGCAAGCGCAUCAGCGUCUCGCUGAACUGA